AUGCCCUUGGAUAGGCUUGUAGAAGACAAAGACACACUGGUCUGGGGCCCACAACAGCUUGUAGACGAACUUGAGUCUAUGGAGGCUCCCAUUGGUCUUGGAAACACAGAUGCUCGAUCUCUAGGCAACUCUGGCGAUGGUACUGACAUCCGGGACAACUCUUCGGAUGGGCAGAAGGUCUCUGAGAUGCUCAAGGAAGAGGAAGACGACCUGGCCAAUUUUAGAGCUCAUGUUGAAGAAAUUCUAGAUGAAGACGCACCUGUUCAUCAAUAUCCCUGGGGUUCAGAGGAACUAGAUGAUCCUAUGGACAGUUCAAAUGGUUCAGAAUGCGGUCAUGAAAGCAUCAAGCCCGAGGUCUUUCCAGACAUCGAAGAGCUCUUGCAUCUAGCAAAGCUUAGCACUAUGAAAACUAACAUGAGCUUUGUUACUCGAGUCAGGAACACUACCCUCGAGGAUCCUUGUUCGAAGCUCGACGAGGCUACUCGGUACCGACUCAGAAAUCCUCCUUGCGGCAUUGUCACUCUUGAUGGUCCCGGAGAGCGUCACAGUAUUCGAGCAUACCUUGCGCUCGAACACUCGUUGCAGAAAACAUACAAAAGCAUCCGUAUUUCUCAUGCGGACUGCUUCCCUGAAAUCCCACCUAUGCUAGUGUUCCACCAAGUUGAGAAACGGAUACGAGAAAUUACCGGCGUCACCACUGUGAAGCACAACAUAUGUUCAGAUCACCCCGAUGUCCCUAUAUACAAGCUUCCUUGGCCUGCAUCUACAGAGUAUGCAGAUAAUCUUUGCAAGAUCGUCAGCACUUUGAACAACACCAAAUAUCAGAAACUCAAGAUGCUGACUGGUCUCACAAAGCCCAGCAUUAUUCUAGGCCUCAAUCCCACUCACACACUGCUGGUUCCUCGCUGCAUGACGCCAGAUAUUAUGCAUCUGGCGCAGCUACUGAGCUCUCUUUUUAUUUCUUUAUGGCAAGGCACAGCGGCUCACGUAAAGAACAACGAUCCCGCAGACUGGGAAUUUAAUGUCUUCGGAGAUCCUGACAUCUGGGCUGCUCAUGGUGCUGAGACUUGGGAAUGGCAGAUCUAUUUCUUCGGGCUAGGGCCAGUGCUACUCUACGAGGUUCUGCCGUUAAAAUUCUGGGUGAACUACUGCUUGCUCGUUCAAGGAUUCUGUCUCAUAUGCCAGCAUUUGAUUUCUGAGCACAAUCUUCGGGAGGCACAACAGUGCUUUGAUGAUUUCUAUGUUGAGUUUGAGCAGGAAUACUAUGGACGAGAUGAGAACUGUCUUGCUUUUAUCCAACAGAGCCUGCACCAGGUAAAUUGUCUCAAAGCUCUCAUUCCAGAACUCAAUCCCGAGCCAGCACCAUCUUUGGCACCUCGUCACAAGCUCGGAGAUGGUUUUGCACUGCUUCACAAACACUCAAAACGCUUGUACAAACCUCAAGGAGCCAAGAGGACCGCUAUCGAGAACCAGAUUGUUCGCUCUGCUUGGAGAGAGAACACUUACAUCCAACAAAACAUUCGCAUUGCACACAAUGUCAAGUUUAUAGACAACGGCAAGACGUACCUUGGGGAGGUCCAGUACUUUGCUCAGCUGGCUGUGCCAGCUGAGCAAAGUACUGGAAACUAUCGCUGGGAAGGAGUAGCAAUUAUCUGGCUAUACUCCCUCCCAGACAGAGAUUUGAUGGACUUAUCCGCACAAACCGUAUGGUCGUGCAGAGCUCUCGGACAUCAACACCCUCUGGUGGUUCCUGUCAAACAGAUCGUUGGUGUUUUUGCAAUAGUUCCACACAGGCUGACUUUGCCGGAGACAGAGGAAGAAGAACUUAGAUGUCAUAUGAUGGAGAAACCUGGUAUGGAUGUAGCUACAUACACAGAUUGGGAGGAAGCAGAGGGUCCAGACAAAGAUGGUCUAGACUUCCCUCAGGAUUAG